AGCCAAUGCGCCUCGGGCGCGCCAGCUGCACUGGGGCCCGGGCGCGCGCGAUUGGCAGCCCCCAGCCUCAGCCCUCGCGCCCCACCCCCGGACGAAGUUCUGCCCACGCCUGCUCCGCGGCCGCCGCCCGUCCCCCUCUUUCCGCCCCCGGGGGUGUCCGGCGCGGGGCCCGGAUCCGGCCGCACGCUCCUCCCACGCGCCGCGGAGCCACCAGGUUCGAAGCGCCCGCGGUCGGCGCAGUCCCCUCCCGCGCGGGACCAUGAAGGUCGAGUUUGCGCCGCUGAACAUCCCGCUGGCGCGGCGGCUGCAGACGGCCGCGGUGCUGCAGUGGGUCCUGUCCUUCCUCCUGCUCGCACAGGUGUGCAUUGGGAUCAUUGUGAUACUGAUCAUACACAACUAUUGGUUCCUCUAUGUCCCUUAUAUGACAUGGCUUUACUUUGACUGGCGUACCCCAGAGCAGGGGGGCAGGAGAUCCAACUGGGUCAGAAGCUGGACCGUGUGGAGGUAUUUUAAGGACUAUUUUCCAAUUCAUCUCAUCAAAACUUGGGAUUUGGAUCCAAGUCACAACUACAUAUUUGGGUUUCAUCCCCAUGGAGUGCUCGUUGCUGGAGCCUUUGGAAAUUUUUGUACGAAUUAUUCGGACUUCGAACAGCUAUUUCCUGGAUUCACUGCAUAUCUCCACGUGCUCCCAUUUUGGUUCCGGUGUCCUCUCUUUCGAGAAUAUCUGAUGAGUAGUGGGCCAGUCUCAGUUUCUAAGAAGAGUGUGUCCCAUGUGCUGAGCAAGGAGGGAGGUGGAAACAUUUCAGUCAUAGUUCUCGGGGGUGCAGAAGAAUCGCUGGAUGCCCAUCCUGGAAAAUUCACUCUGUUCAUCCGCCAGCGGAAAGGAUUUGUUAAAAUUGCUUUGACCCAUGGCGCCUCCUUGGUCCCAGUGUUUUCUUUUGGAGAAAAUGAGCUGUUUAAACAAGUUAACAACCCUGAAGGCUCAUGGCUUCGAACCGUGCAAGAGAGGCUACAGAAGAUCAUGGGGUUUGCUUUGCCUCUUUUCCAUGCCAGAGGGAUUUUUCAAUACAAUUUUGGCCUGAUGCCAUAUAGGAAACCGAUCCACAAUUUAAAAUAAGGGAAACUUGCUUCAGUCCAUCCUUUCUGCUUACCUCCCAAACAAUUAUAUCGGAAAUACCAUGUCUUAUCUCUGGCAUCUUCAGUGUCCUGCCAGUAUUUGAAACCUUUUAAAAAAGCAAGCUGAGAAUAUGAACAUUUACAUAACACCUCAGCCGCCACGAGAUUGAUUUUAUCAUCAGCCAGAUGACUGAGGCCAGCCUGAUUUGAGUGAACCAGACCCGCACAGACCAUGUGCAUUUAAGGACUUUUAUUUGAAAUAACCCAAGUAAGGAUAGAAUAUGGACAAUUCCUUAGACAAAAGCAGAGCUAUGUAUCAAUCCAAUGCAAUGUGAUAUUGCAACAGAGACCUAAGUUGCUGUGUUCAUUUCCGUUUUAAAUUAAUGCACUUCAAACCCAGAGUUGUUUCUUUGCUGACUCCCUGACAGAGCCCAGGCAGGUCAGGUAGCAUCCAGACCAGCAACUUAUUUUGUGUUCUCUCUGCUCCCCUUCUACUUAAUUAAGAGUUUAUAUUUUAAAAAAUAAAAUAAAUGGGGCACCUGGGUGGCUCAGUUGGUUAAGCAUUUGACUUUGGCUCAGGUCGUGAUCUCACCAUUCGUGGGUUCAAGCCCCACAUCAGGCUCUGUGCUGGCAGCUCAGAGCCUGGAGCCUGCUUCGGAUUCUGUGUCUCCCUCUCUCUCUGCCCCUGUCCCGCUCAUGUGCGCUCUCUCUCCCUCUCAAAAAUAAACAAACAUUUAAAAAAAAAGUGAUUAAAAUAAAAGAGUUUGUGAACUUAACUCUACCUCGCAUCAUAAAGACUCAGUAGAUAUUAGUUCAGUUGAUCCUCAAUCAUCACUUCAUCUUUAAUUCUCUCACUGACAGCUGUCUGGAGAUGCUCAGAUUAUCCAUCCUACACAUGUUCAAACAUCUGUGGGACUUCACUUCCUCAUCGACGUUAGAGCAUUCAUUUCAGCGUUAACGAUUCUCUAAUACUAGCGAGAAUUACUAACACUGCAAGGCUGUGUCUGUUAAUAUCCUACUAAUUAAAUGCUUUUAGAAGAAAUAUGUUCUCAUUAAACCCAAAGUGCCAUCAUCAGGUCACAGUUACCCUCCGUGUAUUUCUUACACCAAACCUUGCUAAACCACCAGGUUUCUCUGUGUCCUCCAUCAAAACCCUCUUUCCUCUUUGCUGAGGGUCAUUCAAUGCUUGCGAAAGGGAAGUUGGUGGUGGAAUGAGUGAAAUAGGUGAUGAGGAUUAAGGAGUUUACUUGCUGCGAUGAGCACCGGGUGAUAUAUCGAAGUGUUGAAUCACUAUAUUGUACACCCGAAACUAAUAUUACACUGUAGGUUAACUAAUAUUACAGUGUAGGUUACACAGGACUAGAAUUAAAAUGAAAAAAGUAAUAU